AUGUCGACUGACAAGGCGGAUACGUUCAGCAUCGAAAUUUCCUCGCUGCCAGACAUUCGACGCGCAGAAGUCGACUUUCGCGAGACAUCCUUCUUCCGGCGUCACGCCUCCCUUCCAUCCCCAAACGAUGUCCUCACGGUCCGUGAGAAAAGGUAUAGCAACAUCGCUGUGUACGAGUCACUCAAUCUCGUCGUGAAAUUUGGGCAUCAGAACUGGCUCAGAUUAGAGGAGGCGCAGGAAAACGUCACUGCCCAGCUAAGACAAAUCGCGAAUGCUCUGAAACGUUUGCGGCAAAGUCCAUCAGGUCCAUGGAUCGGCUCCAUCAAUGGAGGUGCAGUGCAGGACAGAUACUUUAGGCUCGACUAUGAGAAGGGCCCUUUUUACAGCAUAAAGGCAUUCAACGACUGGGUCUUUGCAGCUGCCACCCGUCAGAGGCCCGGCCCCGCAGACAAGGGCGAAAUCACCUUUGCGCACGGAGACAUUAAUCUCGGAAAUAUUCUGGUCCAGGGUGCGCCUGGCAGUUUCAAGAUAGUCGGGUUGAUUGAUUGGGAGCACGCUGGGUGGUACCCCGAAUUUUGGGAAUACUUCAAGCUUCUCUGUGCUGUAGAGAGGUCCCACGAGUGGAGGAGUGGAGGCUGGGCGGACAAGGUCAUGGAGAAUUUCGCGCACGAGUUUGAGAUUCUCGCUGAGUACUUCAUGUGGAGAUGCCAAUGA